CACUCUGUGCUUCAAGACUGAUAACAUUUGUUUUCUACACUACCUAAUAGUUUACUCUAUAAUGUUCCAUUGUAGUCUGUAAGUGUGAUAUUUUCUGGAAUGGAGUGGGGAAUAAACUCUCGAACUAAAUAGUUCAGUAGAUAAUAAACGUUGAUACCGACCUCAUUUGGUGUUUGUAUGAACUAAUGUUUUCUUUGUACUUGAUGACUGUCUGAUUUCGAAUUACAAUCGCAAUACGUUUGUUUGUGCUCACUUUGUUCUUCUUGGUCUAAAUUCUGCUGUUUCCGGGAUUCCGAGUCUGUAUAAUAAUUCAGAUACUUAUGAUCAUCACACCUAAUUACUAGACACAUCCUAGCUGAAGGCUCUGGGUUAGGCAUUCCCACCAGAUCACAUCCAAGUACAAAUGUCUUCCAAGUAGGAUCAGAAAUAUCUGAGAAGACUUGAAUAUAAGAGUUAACAACACCAAAGGUGUUUUGUGACAAGCGAUUUGUGCAUUAAUUUCAGUUUAUCAUAUGAAAUAAGUUUUUCAGAGCCUGGGUGUUUUUCAUCAACGUGGAAUCAUUAACGAAAAUGAAUGGUCAUGACGAACUAUAGUACGGAGUCAUUCAAGCAUUGGUGACAUGAACAUAAGUGUUUUACUUGUGUCUUGAGCGUCAUCUUAUAGUUCAAAGUCGACAAAGUCGUUUGAAAGCUUAGACGUAAAAUGAACUAAGAGAAGAAACUUGUUGCGGUAUCUGGACGGUUGGAAAAACAGGUGGUCCAGAUAAUCGAACAGGUAACGGGUCAUUCAUGCGGCAUGUCAUUGUUGUACUGUUCUAAUUAUAUGCUCCGCUCUAAGUAGCGUAGGAUUGGCAAAUCGAUAUGUUCAAAGACGAAAGCUCGAGGCUGUCACGUUUUGCCAAAGGGGUACCAAAAUAUAUACACUUUCGAUACCACCGGUUUUGUCCAACAGUGCAUCUCGUCCAUAGCUUUGAUAUCUCCACAUUUGGAAAUGCGGCUGUAAGUAGUGUCAUAUCCAUUGGUUUCGAGGUGUUUUUUAUUUUGACAAGUAUAUAUGGUAUAAUAUAAUAUUUCUGCAUGUGCAGGUACACACCGUUUUUACAGGCAUGGAACAGCAAGGAAAUUGAUUUGCAGAGAACAGGAAGGAAAGUUCUGAGUGAUUAUCAUAUCAACGGAACUGAAAGAAUCAUAAUGUAUGUAAAGGAAACUGAAGGGAUAGGCGUAAAUGAUGUGUUUAAUGUAUGAUUUUCACAUUUUACGAAAGCACUCUGUAGUCACGCUUCAGACAAAUUGGUUCUCUCCACCAAGUCUUCGCCCAAUACAACUUUACUUAACACAGCAGAAGCUCAUAUUCAGUGAGAAUAGCCAGUGAAUUUGUAGUGGAAUCGGACCCUAACCAUACGACUUUUGAAGCCGAGCAUAUAGUUGUUGAAAAGACAGUUGAUACAAAGAAAAGGUUAACUAUGGAGAACUCAGGAACAUUAGUUCAGUUCGUCGGAUGGCAUGGCUCAGUUUUGUAAGCGUGGUCAUUCUUGUGUAGCUUAUCUCUUUUAUUCAUAAUAAAUACAUUGUUCUGUCUCCAGCCUAAAUGUGUUCUCCAGGUGUAGGAUGAGUCACUGUGGACACUGUGACUUCCAUGUAAGAUCUCAUAGAUCAGGUAGUCACUUCAAAACAAAUCUACAAUUUUAAGAUUCGGCAUAUUAUUAGAGCAGUACUAAUAAGGAAGCCGACAAUACUUCAACGAAUGCAAUAACAGCCUUUGUGCUUGUUAUUGUCAGACAAUUGUCAUUAACACUAUUGGAAAACAGUUUCUUCGUAAAAGUGAUUGUAACUGCUGGAUAUAUCUGCUUUUCAGUAUCUUACUCAUUUUUGUAUUGGUCUGGCAGUCAGUAUAAGUUACAUUCUUUUUAUUUCGUCCUUUAUUAGUAUUUGCAUACUUUAUCCCUGAAACCAGUUAGGUUAUCAUUUUGAUUGCCCAAAAACUGGCUGUCUUAUACUUAUGAAUGUCUAACAAUUAUUGAUGUGAUAGAGUUGCUUAUUUUGUUUAAUCACAAUGGUGUACGGUGACGCAACUUCGUGGAUUGGUUGAAGUUAGACAUUAACACCGUUGGAUGCCGGCCCAGUGGUCUAGUGGUUAAGUGCUCGCGCGCGAAGCCAGCAGGUCCUGGGUUCGAGCCCCGCGUGGUGCGGGACCGUGGAUGCGCACUGCUGAGGAGUCCCAUACCAGGACGAAACGGCCGUCCAGUGCUUCCAGGUUUUCAAUGGUGGUCUAGCUACAACUGACUCAUGAUUUCAAACUGUGAGAUAAGAUUUUAUCAGAAAGAUUGGGGAUGACAAGUUAAAGAAAGACAAUAUGCAAAGAUUGUCACCGAGGUUCCCUACUUUGUAGGCUAAUAGGAUAGGUUAGUGGAACAGCAUUAUCCACUAGUGACGUCGGCUUUAUGUAUUCUUUUGUUCUUGGCUGAGCCGUCUUAUUUGUUCAGGUCUAGCUUGAAAAAGAACCGAGGUUCAGGCCUAAAAUUAUGUCUUUGCAUUCCAUAAAUCACAAUUGAACCACUUCUUAGUUCUUGAUAAAGAAAUAUGAAUAAAGCUGACCUCUCAAACCUCAUGGCUCACGGAAAACUUAAGAAUUAUGGCCUAGUUUGUUAUUUGUACUACUAUAAUAAUUGAAUUAAUCCCUAAAUUACUUGUUAUGGUGUGACUACCUUAUCUAUAAGAUCUCAAGUGGAAAGAACAUUACUCUUUUCACUGACUCGUCCUGUGGCGGCGAUCAGGACUAUGACAUCCAAUAUUUCUUAAGAACUGAGACGAGGGUAAUAUAUUUGAAUUGACAAGCAUGAGCAAUGCCAUUUCGAUUAUUUGCUUCAGCAUUCACCAUUGUUGACCUGCUCUUAGUGUUAUAUAUUGAAUAUGAAUCUCAGUAAUUAUACUCUCAGUUUCAAAGAUCGUGUGAUCAGGAACCGAUACCACUACAGAACCAUGCAGCCUUUGUAUUACAAUUGUAGAUGUUUCCUCUUUCUUAUGUUUUCACAGUGAAACAUCCGGUCAGUAGCACGCUAGAUCUAUGUAAACUGUGAAGGAUGUAUUUGUAUCUAAUCGUGUGAAUGUUAAUCAUACCAUUCACACAUCUCUAAAUCUGUUACCUGCAACUGAACGAAAGCGGGUCACUGUUACUAGUGUUACUUUACAUAAGGCUACUUAGCACGACAUGCAGAUUAGCCCGAAACCCAUAUAGGUCAAAACACAUACCCGAUUCCUGCCGUAUUUUCAAAUCGUUUACCACCGACGUAGGUGAUCGCAAUCUACUCGAGUUUAAUGCGAACUGUGUGACCACCCAGCCCAAGUCCAAGUUAUAUCUUUCCCAUUGUUUAUACUUAACCGUGAUUGUGUUAUUCUGACAACCAGAUGAAUUAUUUGACGUAUUAACUGGAUAGAAUAGAUACUCUCUAUAAGCAACUCCAUAUCUUAAUAUUAGCUUAUCACGAUGGUAUGAAUGAGAAAAACCACCUCAUGCGCCUGUACAAGGCAUGCAAUUGAUUAUUGGAAUUGAUCCACGCUAGUCAUCCUUGACCUUAACAAUGUUCAGUAGACUAUCUAAUGAUCAGCGACCUGUUGUCUAAUAGAGGAACGGCUAAGUCUGGUGGGCUCAGAGAUGUUACAGUGGACCAUUAGUUUGAUUAGACAGAAGCAACAUCGAAGAUGUGGUGGUACUUAAAAGUUCAAUAACGCAAAACUUUUAAAAUUAUUUUACACGCUUACGUCAACUGCCUAUUGUACAGUUUCUAAUUCAAAUGAACAGGGUUUCAAAGUUCAUUAAAUUGCCUGAUUUUAAAUAUCAAUAUUGCAAGAAGUAGGUAACUUAUGCUUAAAUUUUGUCAAUGAUAACCUGGAUUUGUAAGUUAAUAACGCAACAUUCUUCAAGGCCCUUUUCUAUAAAAGUUGAUGGUUAGCUGACAUAUGUAAAACUUGAGACCGACCUCUCUAGUAUUUAGAAUGUCAGAACGGUUACUAUGUUACGUUUAUUUUAAAUUUUGAGAUUGAAAAAUAUAUGCAUCAUAGCUGUUGAGAUAAAGUUUUACUGCGUCAAAAAUCAUGUUCAUGGCGCUCCCACGUAGGUUUGCUAGCAGCGCCAACUUCUGAGGGUAUAGCUUGACAUGUUGGAGGAAGCUUAUUCUUGUACAGUUGAUGAUGUCCUAAAGCACUACAAUACGAACACUGAAACUGGUCUAACUAAAAAGCAGAUUGAAUCCGCUUUGAAGGAGUAUGGCUACAAUGAGUUACCACCGGAAGAAAACAAGCCUCUUUGGAAAUUGGUACUUGAACAGUUCGACGACCUCUUGGUCAAAAUUCUCUUACUAGCAGCUGUUAUCUCAUUUGUCUUGGCCUGGUUUGAAGAUAGCGAAGACGCGACUACUGCGUUUGUCGAGCCAGUUGUCAUAAUGCUCAUAUUAAUCGUGAAUGCAAUCGUUGGUGUUUGGCAGGAACGUAACGCUGAGUCAGCCAUAGAAGCCUUAAAAGAAUAUGAGUCAGAUACUGCAAAGGUUAUUCGUCAGGGUUAUCAAGGUGUGCAGAGUGUGAAAGCCCGUGAAUUAGUGCCUGGAGACAUUGUGGAAGUUGCUGUUGGAGAUCGGGUUCCAGCGGAUAUUAGAAUCGUUAAAAUCUUGUCUACAACACUUCUCAUUGAUCAGUCUAUCUUAACUGGUGAAUCAGUAUCAGUUUCAAAGCACAGUGACCCUAUAUCCCAGGCUCGAGCUGUCAAUCAAGACAAAAAGAAUAUGCUAUUUAGCGGUACAAAUGUAGCCUCCGGAAAAUGUGUUGGAGUAGUAGUCGGGACCGGACUUUCAACAGAAAUAGGCAAAAUUCGUGAUCAAAUCAUGCAUACAGAACAAGACAAGACUCCUCUCGGGCAGAAAAUAGAUGAAUUUGGAACACAGUUAUCAAAGGUCAUAACACUCAUAUGUAUUGCUGUAUGGUGCAUUAACAUUGGCCAUUUUAACGACCCAGUGCAUGGUGGUUCUUGGUUCAGAGGUGCUGUUUACUACUUUAAAAUUGCAGUCGCGCUUGCCGUAGCGGCGAUUCCAGAAGGUCUACCGGCUGUUAUCACAACGUGUCUAGCUUUGGGGACCCGUCGAAUGGCUCGCAAAAAUGCUAUUGUCCGAUCAUUACCAAGUGUUGAAACUCUUGGGUGUACAACAGUGAUUUGUUCUGACAAAACCGGUACCCUUACAACCAACCAAAUGACUGUUUGCCGAAUGUUCACUUUCGGUAACGAGAGUCGGGUCGGUGAUGCUUCGCAGCUAAAAUUUGAUGAGUUUGAAAUUACGGGUUCUAAAUAUGCUCCAGAAGGAAAUGUGCACCAUCAAGGACGAAAAAUAGACUGUUCUGAAUAUCCUUGUCUUGUAGAACUUGCGCAAAUAUGUUCUUUGUGCAAUGACUCGUCUGUGGAAUACAGUGAAUCUCGGCAUGCAUAUGAAAAAGUGGGUGAAGCGACUGAGACUGCAUUGGUCUGCUUGGUUGAGAAAAUGAAUGUCACAAAAGUCUCUAAAUCAAAUCUUACUAAUCACCAGCUUGCAAUGAUUUGUAAUCGCGAUAUCCAGAAAAUGUAUGAAAGAAAAUUUACUCUUGAGUUUUCUCGGGAUAGGAAAUCAAUGUCUACGUAUGUCAUCCCUCGAAGUCAAAUUCCUGGCUCUAAAGAAAAGCUCUUUGUUAAGGGCGCCCCGGAGUCCAUAUUGGAUAGAUGCACUCAUGUACGCACCACAGGCGGCAAAUUAUUGUUAACGUCUGAGCUAAAGGGCGAAGUACUUCGAAAAAUAGCUACCUACGCCACUGGACGUGAAACUCUUCGUUGUUUGGCUUUAGCUACAAGAGAUGAACCACCUUCAUACUCUCACUUUGAUUUAAAAGAUCCAAAGAAUUUCAAGGAUUAUGAGACUGAAUUAACUCUUGUGGGUGUUGUUGGUAUGGUGGACCCGCCACGUUGUGAGGUUGCCAGCAGUAUCCAAGCUUGUAAAAAGGCUGGCAUCCGUGUUAUUGUUAUUACAGGCGAUAAUAAAGCAACUGCCGAAGCUAUAUGCCGUCGUAUAGGAUUGUUUGAAGAUAAAGAAGAUACAUGUGGAAAGUCCUUCACGGGACGAGAAUUCGAUGACCUCAGUUUAGACAAGAAAAAGGAUGCUGUACGCAACGGGAAGUUGUUUGCUCGUGUUGAACCCGCCCAUAAAAGUCUAAUAGUACAAUUCCUACAGCAGGAUGGUGAAGUAUCUGCGAUGACUGGAGAUGGUGUUAAUGACGCUCCUGCACUAAAGAAGGCGGAAAUUGGGAUUGCUAUGGGAAGUGGUACCGCCGUUGCCAAAUCUGCUUCUGACAUGGUACUAGCAGAUGAUAAUUUUAGCACAAUUGUUGCGGCCGUUGAAGAAGGCCGAGCUAUAUAUGAUAACAUGAAACAGUUUAUCCGUUACCUUAUUUCGUCUAACAUCGGCGAAGUUGUCUGCAUUUUCUUGACUGCUGCUCUUGGAAUGCCUGAGGCUUUGAUUCCUGUACAAUUACUCUGGGUUAACUUAGUGACUGAUGGUUUACCUGCUACAGCCUUAGGAUUUAAUCCUCCUGAUGUUGAUAUAAUGACUAAACCACCACGUAAAAGCAAAGAACCAUUGAUUUCCGGUUGGCUAUUUCUUCGAUACAUGUUGAUAGGCAUCUAUGUUGGGUGUGCAACAGUUGGAGCAGCAGCCUGGUGGUUCAUGGUCUAUGAGGGCGGUCCCAAAGUGAACUAUUAUCAGCUGACACAUCAUUUGCAAUGCCAGUUGGAACCAUCUAUGUUCAAAGGAGUUAAUUGUAGCGUAUUCGCCAGUCCAAAACCUAUGACAAUGGCAUUGUCUGUGUUGGUUUUGAUUGAGAUGUUUAACGCAUUGAACAGCCUUUCUGAGAAUCAGUCGCUUCUGGUCAUGUCUCCUUGGCAUAAUAUGUGGCUUAUCGCUGCGAUCUGCUUUAGUAUGGCACUACACUUUGCAAUCUUGUACAUAAACGUACUAGCGAAUAUAUUCCAAAUAGCUGCACUGAAUAUCGCGGAGUGGUUCGCUGUAUUGAAAAUCUCCAUACCUGUACUUUUAUUGGAUGAAACACAAAAAGCUAUUGUUCGUUCUACCCAAAGAGGUCAUAGUCCACUUUACCACAUAGCGAUACCAAUGGUGAUGUGGUGCGUAUAUUCUGCUUUUCUCGGUUUCAACCCUUUGUGAUUAUCAAGUUGUUUGUUCACUUUUUUGGAUCGACUACCUUAAAUCAUGGAGUCGGUGUGUAAACAUUCUCAUGUGAUCUCCACCUCGAUUAUUCUCUUGAUGUUUCAUUUGUCUCCAGGAUAUUAAUCCAUACAGACCAUGCUUCUAAAUAAUUCCUAUCUCACAUCCAUUUACUGUUUAUUUCAGACUGAUAGAAUAUAAUAUUUCAGGGGUUGUCCUUUUUUAUUCUUAGUUACUGGUUGUAUCAAUGCUCAUUAUCUUCAAAUUGUCGUUUAUUUAUUCAUGUCAUAUUCAUGUAUAAAAGCAUUCAUGUGUGUUUAUCGUUUUACAUAUCUUAGUUAUCUGUUCUAUAUUGAUGAUAUGCAUUAAGUAGUUGGGCUACUACAUUCGUUUUGCUUAAAGCGUUAAAAAAUUAGUUUAUCAUAAAUUGUAUAUAAUAUAUCUAAUUGUUAACAAAUUAAAACCUUCAGCAAGGAGGGGAUUCUUUAAAACUUCACCAAUCGUUGCCUUAACUUUUGUUUUGACACCGACUUAGUUGUUUUCCGAGUGUCAGUUUCUUACAGAUAUUAAGAUUUCUGUCAGAAUAUUUCUUAGGUAUUUAGGGAUAACUUUUGACAUUGAAAGUAUUUUUAAAUAUGCAAGGAAGUCAUCGUUAUCCUGCUGUGCUGAUAGCAUUUGGCUUGAUGUUUCGUUAUAAUGCGGUUUUAUUAAGUGAACUUCCGUGUAUUUGUUGAGUAUGUAUGAAAGUUACAAGGAGUCUUAUCGAUAAUACUCCCAGUAUCCUUCAGAUAUUCUCAUUCGUUUAGCGAUGCCACCAACCAUCUGAUCUAUCAUUGAAAACAUUUGGUUCUUACACGAAAAUACAGAUAUUGUUGAUUAUUAAAGUGUUUUCACAAGUAAACGGCGCCGAGAAAGAUACAAUAACGUGAAAAUGUCUGAUUUUCUAUAUUCAUGAAAUAUUUGGAGCGAUAAUCGAACCAAAGGCUAUAUGUGAGUGCAAAUCCAUUUCUAUUUAACAUUAAGUAGACCGAAUGAUAAUUUUAUUGAACUGGUUUAAAUUACGGCGGUUAAUAUUCCUUCCUCUUAAAGCGUUUUCAACACUAUGUUUGUACCGAUUACUUCUUGAGUUCAUGGUACUAUGCAGUUUAAACUCUGGAUUACUUAAUAUAUUGAUCUUCAAAACAGAUGUAUGGUUCAUAAUUGUUUUUUGUAGUAUCUAUAGGCGGCCAUACUCUAGGUUACUGUGAACAGUAUAUUUUGCUUUUUCAACUAACACUAAUUGUAUUCAAUAGUGAAUUCAUUUUGUUCACAAAAAGAUUCUGCUGCUGAACAUUCAUUAAAUGUUUUCAUCUAAUACUUUUUGGCAAAUAUGUUUAGUUUUUCUGUAAAAUGAACGUAAUUUGACCUACUUUAGUCAAGAAAGAAAUAAACCUACAUUUCUUAGUUUCAACUAUACUUGCUCAUUUAAACGGU